AUGUGCUUGUUGCUGCUGCUCCUGUAUGCAAUCGGCGUCGCCGUCGGUGAUGACUGUACUGAUCAGAUUCUGGUUGCGUCGGCAACGAGGCCGCGCAUAGGUUUGCCCAAGUGCAGCCAGUUUUUAUCAUCUCUUUUCGGAGUUUCGCUGCAGUUUUAUCAACGCGACAUCCUGUCGAAGUUCACAGAACGGACUGCAAUGUGGAGCAUGGACUCAAAAAUCCACGCUUGCGUUCCAGGCACCUGCUCGGAAGAACAUAUUCCGGCUGUGGCAUACCUCGUCUGCCUCAUGGUGACGCAGGAGCCUCGCUGCGUCGAGAUGCUUCAGAUCUCGUCGCCUGAGGCCGAGAUUGUCGGAUUCGCCAAGGUGUCCGCGGUUCUCUUGGUUCAAGGCAUGGCCGUGCAGAUCCAGACUUGGUUCCUGUCGGACGGGCAGAGUUCCAACGCAAGGGAGGCGCUCAUGGAGGCCUCCACGGCAUUGGUGAAGAAGGAGGCUGAGCUUCGGAGAAAGGAGCGGCAAGUCCAGCGGGAGCUUCAAGCCCUUCGAGAGCAGAAGAUUCUUCUGAACGGGCAUUAUACCACCCUCGUCGACACUUGGAAUCAGCUGCUCGGUCAAGUCCCACCCGUCCUGCUACCGGAAGAGGUGCAAACAGUGGAACGUCUCUCCAGUGAUGCCCUUGGCACCCUCUCUGACCUUGAAGUCCGGACAAUGCCUCCGGUCCCAGUGAAGAGCGAAGCUCGCCACAUCUUCCCAGGUGCCGGGGAGCUUCAAAGAUCCGCGAUGCAACUGAGAGGUGUGUGCCUCCGAGAUCGUACAUCCGCAACAGACUUCCACAGCCCCUUUGUUCCAGCCGCCGUCCUCACGGGACGGCGCAUCGAAGUUAUCUUCCAUCAGCUCGCAGAGACGGGACUUUUCCACCCGGCCCACCGCUUCCUUGCAAGAAAUGUGACGGCCGAGGAGUUUGCAGAAGUCUGGAAGACGGCAGAUGAGCAUUGGCCGGGUCUCAGCAGGUUUGUCCACGAUGGUCAUUCUGAAAGCCAGCGCUGCCCCGAUUGUGCGAACAUUGGGCAUUUCCUUCUCGAUGAUACACUGAUAGAUGUGGUUGUGCGAGUCGCCAACCAGGACAUGUCGGACCUGCAGGUCCGGCGCACCGUUGCCAACUUGCACUCCAAUCUGGGCGCAGCAGGUGUCAAACGGUUUCAAGAAGACUUCAUUUCAACAGUUUUUGAGUCUCCCACCAUUUUCAUGGGCGUAGACGAAGUUCAUUGCUUUGAAGCCGUGAUUCUGAGUGCCAACCCACGUUCACGGACGGGAGGCUUCGAAGAGUUGCUUGGGAGCAGGCCAGGAAGGCCCUGGCCACAUUACUCUCCCGAGACCGUCUUUCGACAAGUCCGGACCCACUACCACCGGACAGCGCAGGCAUGCGAGUUUGCGCGUGGCAGCGGACCGAAGGACCUGUCAGAGGAACUCCCCGAGGUGCUACUGGAUGCACGGCGUGGGGCCUCCCGCCGGGUCUUUGCAAGCGCAGAGGAGUUGGCCAAGCUCGUGGGCGCCACGCUGAUUGAUUUCGCGGGCAAGAGCUGGGCCAGCAGAGUGAGGUCUCUCUCGGCGGCGAAGGUGUACAUCGGAGUUUACGGAGGUCAACUUUUCCAGUUGCCUCUGAUGCACGAGGGGUCGCUGGUGCUUGUAAUGACGUGCGAAAUCUUGCAGGCCCAUUGGCACGCCACCUUCCUCUUUAGAUUCCUUCGCUUGUCGGGCCUCGAGUUGUACCAAAUUGAGCAUGACGGGUGCCUGGCGCUUCCGCCGAGCAUGGAGCAGAAUGCCCUGGCCGAGACCCGCCUUGCACCUAUCAUGAAGCUACCAGCGGAUAUCCAUCCCAUCAGCAGACUGGCCAACUCCGACAUCGUGCUGCUUCAUAAGGAGUUCCUGUGUGCUUUCCGGCGUCCAGAGGCCAAGUUGGGCAUUGAGAGGGAAGCAGAAACAGCCGGAAAUCCUGAGGUUUUGGAGGUUCUCUGGGGAGGUUUCGAAGUUGCUUUGAGACGCUGUGCCGAGUGGCACAUGGACUGUGAAGUGGCUGCUCCCAUAAGUUCUGAUGGCCGCGGUUGGGCUCUCUUGGCGAACACGAGGUAUUCAGAUAGCCUGGGGAUCGCUCAAGAGGAGCUCGCCAUCAAAAUUGAUUGCGUGGUCGGCGAGUUUUCGGGUUCCGACCGAGCUGGCCUCUACAGGCUGGAAAACACGUUUGCCAGCCGAGUGUAUGAUCACUUGGCCAUGAACGUGACAACAUCCAGUGCCACCAUGGAGAGGAUUCGUCAGUUAGUUUCGAGGCGUCAAGGCCACACGCCAUGGUGA